UCUUCCUAUAAAUAAAUGACAGUUUAUUGUUUGGUCUACGUGCAAUGUUCCUCACUUUUCUCUUCUGACCCCCACCAUGAACAGUUAGCCUACCCAGGAGCUGAUGGCAACAUGCUCUCCUUCCCUCUGGGCCAUCUGGAUCAGAACGUGGUGGAAAGCCAGGGAGUGGAGUUGGACUACAUUAAUUCCACCUAUUCUCGUGGACACUUGAACCCCAGCCUCCACCACAAGAGCUACAAGGACCGCGCCUCUACCUUCACCCUGACUAAUGUGGUUCCUCAAAUGUCAGGCUCUAAUGAUGGGCCAUGGGAAGCCCUGGAGCAGAACGUCAACAAAACCUUAGGCACCUACUGUCUCGGAGACGCCUACAUAGUGACUGGCAUCAUCCCUUACCAGAGCGACGAGCCCUGGCUCAUGAAUCAUCGUGUAGCCGUGCCUGAGUAUAUUUGGUCCGCCUACUGCUGCCCAAACUACAACAACAGUCUACCAAAAGUACUGAAGGAUGCUUUCCCCACGUAUGCUGCCAUUGGUCGCAACGACUGCAACAGCACAGAGGAGAUUGUGCCAGUAAGCCAGCAGACUAAGAAACAGUUCAGAGGGUAUGAUGUGAGAAAAAUGCCACUGGAAACACUCGAAAUGUAUCUGAAGGACAGAUUCAAAACUGUUGUCAGUGUUUUUUACGAGCAGUGCUCUCAAUCCAACUGAUUUUGCAGACACAAAUACACUGUUAUAUCUUACAAUAGAAAAAAAUCAUGUAUUUAAAUUAAAAAUAUUGUUGCUAAUGAACUAAGAAAAUUGCUGAUGCAUUGUUGCACGAUGACCUUACAUUAACGUGUCUUUGAUCAAGAAAAAUGGUGAUUCUUUCUCGGAAAAAAUAAUGUUCACCUUUAUGUGUAGCAUUCAUGCUACUUUCAACCUGUUCACAGUGUAUGUUAAUGUUCUUGCUAACAGUAAGGUGAUUGAUAACCUACCUCUCUCAUUUGUGUAUGUUUAAUAAAUUGAGCUUGGGAGACAGUUGUUUUAGCGUUCAAAAAAGCGGGAGACAGCUAGCCCAGUUCCCUCAAUAAAAAAACAAAACAAACAUCUUUACUUGAUAUUUUUACACUUAGGUUUUCAUCCAGACCAAAUAAAAAACAUACCACACAUUCAUAUUAGAAGUGCACAUUUUGUUAUGACUGAGCAGAGCCAUGCUAGCAAUUUCCCUCUGUUUCUAGUCUUUAUGCUAAGCUAAGUUUGCUGUAACUUGAUAUUUACUCUGGUAUACAUUUUCUUAUCUAACUCUUGGCAAUAAAGUGAUUUGCUGUGUGUGUAAAAGCUAUAACUUGACCUCAGAUCAUUCAUCUCAACUUAAUAAACCUGAAUUUAUAAACAUUGCUACUUUUUAUAUGAUGUUAUUCCCUUUAUCUGAGUACACGUGUACAUUGAUUCUGAGUAAGGUUUGAAGGUGAGCAUGCUCUGAAUCCUUGUAACCACUAGAUGGUGACUUCGUGCAAACCAUGUCGAUCAUACGCAGCUUUUGCAGGCUGUACACACUGUAGUGUUUGUUGAAAAUUACAUACAAAACCUAAUAAUCUCUGUCUUUUAUCUUAUUAUUUACCUAAUGUCAAAGAUAUUUCAUUUCAUAUUAAAA